ACCCUACUACAAAGACCAAGUCACUCCUUAGACUAAAACCACUCUCUUUUCACUUUUUCAGUUUCUCUUUACCAUUCUUUAUAUAUAUACAUAUAUAGACCACUCUUGAAGUUGAAGGUCAUACAUAAUAACACAACACACAUUCCUUGAAACUAUGGAUUGGUUCUCCUGGCUCUCCAAAACAGGUCUUGAGCCAACCUUAGUGUACGAGUAUGGCCUCACUUUUGCUCACAACGAGCUUGAAGAAGAAGACAUAAUAUACUUCAACCACGAGUUUCUGAUGAGCAUGGGAAUCUCCAUAGCGAAGCACAGGCUAGAGAUUCUGAAGCUUGCAAGGAAAGUGAAGGGAAAGAGGCCACCACCACGCCCUGUGGCAAGGCUCAUGGUGGCGAUCAAGAGGACAAAGAGGUGUUUGGCUAAUUACAUCCGCACGUUCAUUGGCUCAUGUGAGGAAGAGUCAUCAGCACUUGUUGUGGUGCCAUCAUCAAGGACAAGGCCUAGUAGAUGGAAGAGUAGUCAUGUGAUGAAGAGGAACAAGAAAAAGUUGGUGGUGGCUAAGCAAGAGAGGCUAUUGCUCACAAAUGGAAGUCCUACUGUGGUGCCUGCUCUUGAUGCUUUCACUAGUCCUAAUCCUAUGGUUUACCAUUUCCAAAAGGAAGUUGAUGAUGAUGAUGUUGAUGUUGAUGUUGAUGUUGAUGAUGAUGAUGGGUACUGGUCAUCAGCUGCUACUGAAGAAAUCAGGUGGGAUACCAUGUUCCAGGAUCUCAAGCCAAAUUGAUGAAAAUUGAAAAUCAAAACUUUUCAUUUUUCUAAUUUGGAUCUCUUUUUCGGGGUUAACUCUAUUAUCCCUCAUUUUUAAUUGCUUGGUGAGAGAUGGGUUUUUUGGGUUCUUCCACCACAUACUUUUGUUGCUGCUUUUUAUUUAUUUAUUUAUUCAUUAGUGGUGUGGGUCACGCGGAUGGAUAACUUUAGCAUGCACCCGUCUGCUUCGGUAAUGAGAUUGUCUACUUUGCUUUUGUAUGUUCAUGUCAUGCCCUUUAGCUUUUUUGAUAGGGGAAAAAUUUGUAUUGGAUUAGCGUGUUUAUGGGGGGAGAAUGAUUUGAGGUAGAUGUUAGUUAUGUUACUGUAGCAACUUUGAAGCCCCAAACAGUUUGGCUUGACUUGGGUUUGUGCAAUGUAAUGUCUUCUUGUUGACAAUACACAUUAACAAAGUAUAUUUAAUACUUGAUACUUACUACUUGGCAAUGAUUAUGGUCUUUGA